AGGGGCGGAGGUGCGGAGCCGGGUCUAGAGCCGAGCGGGGGGCCAUGGAGAAAGCGGCCCGAGGCGCUCUCUACACCGACUAAGCGGGCCCGUUGCGGCUGCAGGCGCCAUGGACCGAGCCCCAGCAGACCAGAAUGUCAAGCUGUCAGCUGAGGUAGAGCCAUUUAUUCCCCAGAAGAAGAAUUCUGAUACAUUUAUGAUCCCUAUGGCACUCCCAAGCGAUAAUGGAAAUGUUUCUGGUAUAGAACCAACUCCAAUUCCCAGCUACUUGAUUACUUGUUAUCCAUUUGUGCAGGAAAACCAGUCCAAUAGACAGUUUCCAUUAUAUAACAAUGACAUACGAUGGCAGCAGCCCAAUCCAAACCCUACUGGACCAUACCUUGCCUAUCCCAUUAUAUCUGCUCAGCCACCUGUUUCUACAGAGUAUACAUAUUAUCAGCUGAUGCCAGCACCAUGUGCCCAAGUUAUGGGUUUCUAUCAUCCUUUUCCUACACCUUACUCCAACACCUUUCAAGCUGCGAAUACUGUAAAUACUGUAACAGAAUGCAGUGAGCGUCCAAAUCAGCUUGGACAAGUCUUCCCUUUGUCCAGUCAUCGAAGCAGAAACUGUAACAGAGGACAAGGGGUACCAAAACUUUUACAACAACAGCACAUAAAAAGCAAAAGGCCACUGGUGAAAAAUGUAGCAACUCAGAAAGAGACGAAUGCAGCAGGUCCUGAUAGUCGAUCAAAAAUAGUGCUUCUGGUCGAUGCUUCACAGCAAACUGAUUUCCCGACAGAUAUCGCUAACAAGUCUCUCUCAGAGAGCUCUGCCACAGUAGUCUGGAAGUCCAAAGGCAGGAGGAGAAGAGCAUCCCACCCUACUGCCGAGUCCUCUAGUGAGCAGGGAGCUAGUGAAGCUGACAUUGACAGUGAUAGUGGCUACUGCAGUCCCAAACACAGCAACAACCAGCCCGCCGCAGGGGCUCUACGAAAUGCUGAUUCUAGCACCGUGAAUCAUGCGGAAUCAUCUAUAUGUACAGGUAGUGUAAAUUGGUCCAAUGUAACUUGCCAGGCAACUCAGAAGAAACCUUGGAUGGAAAAAAAUCAGACAUUUUCUAGAGGUGGAAGGCAGACUGAACAAAGAAAUAAUUCACAGGUUGGAUCCAGAUGCCGAGGACAUAGUACUUCCUCAGAAAGAAGACAGAAUUUGCAAAAGAGACAAGAUAAUAAGCAGUUAAACCCCAGUCAGUCUCAUAGAAGCGACCCAAAUUCUGAUUCUUUAUAUUUUGAGGAUGAAGAUGGAUUUCAAGAACUAAAUGAGAAUGGAAAUGCUAAAGAUGAGAAUAUUCAACAGAAACUGUCUUCAAAAGUAUUGGAUGACUUACCUGAAAACUCACCAAUCAAUAUAGUUCAGACUCCAAUUCCCAUUACAACCUCAGUUCCUAAACGUGCAAAAAGUCAGAAGAAGAAAGCCUUAGCAGCGGCCCUUGCCACAGCUCAAGAAUAUUCAGAAAUAAGUAUGGAGCAAAAAAAAUUACAGGAAGCUUUAUCAAAGGCAGCUGGAAAAAAGAAUAAAACACCUGUGCAGCUAGAUUUGGGGGACAUGUUAGCAGCUCUGGAGAAACAACAACAAGCUAUGAAGGCACGGCAAAUUACCAAUACCAGACCUCUGUCAUACACAGUGGUCACUGCAGCUUCUUUUCACACUAAAGACUCUACUAACAGAAAACCUUUAACCAAAAGUCAGCCCUGUUUGACAUCCUUUAAUUCUUUGGACAUUACUUCCUCUAAAGCAAAAAAAGGAAAAGAGAAGGAAAUUGUAAAACUAAAACGGCCCACAGCACUUAAAAAGGUUAUUUUGAAAGAAAGAGAGGAAAAGAAGGGCCGUUUAACUGUGGACCACAAUCUUUUGGGAUCUGAGGAACCAAUAGAAAUGCACUUAGAUUUUAUUGAUGAUUUGCCACAGGAGAUUGUUUCCCAGGAAGAUACUGGACUGAGCAUGCCCAGUGAUGCUUCACUCUCUCCAGCAAGUCAGAACUCUCCGUACUGUAUGACACCUGUGUCCCAAGGCUCUCCGGCUAGUUCUGGGAUAGGCAGUCCAAUGGCAUCUUCAACAAUAACCAAAAUCCACAGCAAAAGAUUUAGAGAGUAUUGUAAUCAGGUUCUUUGUAAAGAGAUUGAUGAAUGUGUGACUCUUCUUCUUCAAGAGCUUGUCAGUUUCCAGGAACGCAUCUAUCAAAAGGAUCCUGUAAGAGCAAAAGCGAGGAGACGGCUCGUUAUGGGUCUAAGGGAGGUUACCAAACACAUGAAGUUAAACAAGAUCAAGUGUGUUAUAAUUUCUCCAAACUGUGAAAAAAUCCAGUCAAAAGGUGGCCUGGAUGAAGCUCUCUAUAAUGUUAUAGCCAUGGCACGGGAACAAGAAAUUCCUUUUGUGUUUGCCCUUGGAAGAAAAGCUCUAGGACGCUGUGUGAACAAGCUGGUUCCUGUUAGUGUAGUGGGAAUCUUCAACUACUUUGGUGCUGAGAGCCUGUUUAAUAAGUUAGUGGAACUCACUGAGGAGGCCAGGAAAGCCUAUAAAGAUAUGGUUGCGGCAAUGGAACAAGAGCAGGCAGAGGAAGCCUUGAAAAACGUGAAGAAGGUGCCGCACCACAUGGGGCAUUCGCGGAACCCCUCGGCAGCCAGCGCCAUUUCUUUCUGCAGUGUCAUUUCUGAGCCCAUUUCUGAAGUAAAUGAAAAGGAAUAUGAAACAAAUUGGAGAAACAUGGUGGAAACUUCAGAUGGACUGGAAACAUCAGAAAAUGAGAGAGAGGUUUCCUGUAAACAUAGCACAUCUGAAAAAUCCAGUAAACUUCCAUUUGACACAGCCCCUGUUGGGAAGCAGCCAUCGUUAGUGGCCGCAGGCAGUGCUACCUCAGCUACAAACCCUGGGAAAUUGGCCGUGAGUGAUAAAGAGGAAGUGAAGCCAGAUGACCUGGAAUGGGCCUCACAGCAGAGCACAGAGACCGGCUCUCUGGAUGGCAGUUGCCGAGAUAUUUUGAAUUCGUCCAUCACUAGCACCACCAGCACUCUUGUGCCUGGCAUGCUUGAAGAGGAGGAAGAGGAGGAAGAGGAGGAGGAGGAGGAUUAUGCCCACGAACCCAUAUCUGUAGAAGUACAGCUCAAUAGUAGAAUUGAGUCUUGGGUCUCUGAGACCCAGAGAACGAUGGAAACUCUUCAGCUUGGGAAAACGCUGAAUGGUUCUGAGGAAGACAAUGCAGAGCACAGUGGCGAAGAGGAAGCAGAGGUGCCUGAGGUGCUGGAGCCAGGGAUGGACAGUGAGGCCUGGACUGCUGACCACCAAGCAAGUCCAGAGCAGCAGAGGCCCAGCAGCUGCAGCUCUGUGAACAACGAGCACUCCGAUUCUAAUUACUUGCCCCCAAGUCUUUAACUCAGGAAAUGCCAGCUUUCUAUCUCCCACUGUGUAAGGGUUACAGCCAUUAUAUUUAUGCUUCAUCUCAACAUUUUGCACUGUCCAAUAUUUAAUAUAUGUAUUUAAUUCCCAACAGAAAUAUUUUUGUAGCUGUCUUUUACUUGUUUUGUUAAGAUCAAUAGCUUAUUAGCUUUUAAUUAGCAUCUAUGUCUUUCUAAGAACUGUGUGGAAAAUUCAGAAUUGUUUCAGCUUAUUUUGUUAUGGAAAAUAAUGAUUUUAAAAAAAGAACAAGACCAGGUUUUAAAGAAAAUAAAUUUAAAAUACUUAUUGAGAGUCAUUUUGAAAGUUAAAAAUCAAGGUUUUAAGGAUAGGAGCGGUUGUCAAUGUUUGCUUCAAUGCUAUGCUUCUUUUGCUCUAACCCGUCUGACCAAAACAUUCGGGCUGCUUUAAAAAAAGAACUGGCUGUAGAGUUAGAAAACUAAAAAAAAGCUGAGCAUAAGUAAGUUCACAAAGUGUUUUGUGUUAAGAAUUGAUGCAACUUUUUUUGGUCAACAAAUGCUUGUUUCAGAAAUCAUUGUUGUUGUCAUUGAUCAAAGUUGGGAUGGGCUAAAACAGCCUCCAGGACUUAGGUUAGCAAAGGGGCCACCACAAUUAGAACUGGCCUUGUCUGUGGAAAGUGAUAGAUGUUGUAUUUGAUAGUGAAAAGUCACCCACGUAAGGACCUUCCAGGUUCUGUCUCAUAUUUGCUUACCUCAGGAAUGCUUUUGUACAUACUCAUAUUUACAUAAAGUUAGGCAGAUUUUGAUAUUGAAUAACAGAUUGUAUGACUGCAGCUCUUACUUGCACACAGUCCAGAAACAAAGUCUUAUACUGGUGUGUUCUCUUGCAUGCUUCUGGUUCAGGACUCUAUUUGAGACAGGGAUUUGAUGGGAGUUCCAAAUUUGUCCUGAGUGGAAAACCAUUUCACCUUUAAAAAAUACAUGUAUUUUGCCCCUAGCCUCAAGCACUUGCCACGUAACACUAACCAUAGUUACUGAUAGGAGGUCAGGGAAAGGAACUUUAUGUAACUUUUAACGUGUAUCCUGCUUAAGGCUUGGAAGAGGAAGUUUUGAAGAAAAGAGCAAGUUCUGAUUGUGCUGAAACUAUCAGGUGAUUUAGAAUAUGCAGCUACACAGAGGUAUUAAUACUUGAUCACUAUUAUUUAUCCUUGCCCUUCUCUAGGAGUGUGUAUACCUGCUUGGGAGAAAUACUGCGCUAAACGUUUUAUUUGCCAGUCGGUCACCACCUGGUAGUGAGUGACCCUGACAAGUCUAUGUAAUAGUGGGAGAAUUGUAAAUUACCAGUUUUUCUGUCUUUCCUCCAACCCCACCCUCAACUGACCAGCACACGCACAGACACUCCAUCUUUAUGCUUACGAGCUCCCAAAGCAGGCACAGAACUGAGGAGGGAGGGGUACUUUCCCUGCCUUGGUUUUAUAGGGUAGGCUCUGCCUCGCAGAGGCAGGAGGGGAGAAUUGGGCAGAUUCUUUAUUUAACUCAUUGGGACUACUGUGCUAGUUUUGAUGUUCCAUAAUGCUGGCAUUUAAAUUACUGGAGGGGUCAGAUUCUUGCUGAUUUAGUAUUUACAGAUUGUGAGAGUUUAAGAGCAUCGCCGUGUAGAAAGUGUCAGUUUAUCAGCUUCGUUAGUGUGCUGCUAGGGGCCGUUAUUGUACUGUCCUGUCUAAACUUCUCCAGAAUAGACACCGUAAGCACAAAGUACCCAGAACGUACAUGAACACGGCAUGUAAGGAAUGAAGCCUCUGAAAUAAAAUCGUGGAUUUAUAUGCGGCAGAUCUUACUGUCUCUACACAUUGGGAAGUAUUAGUUGGUUUAAAGAAAUGAUAGAGUUUUUGAACUACUGACAACCUUAAAAGUGAACUUAAAAGCUUUUCAUACUUUUUAAUGGUGUAAAUUUCAUUCGGUGUCAGUGAUUCAAUAACUCUUGAUCAAGGUAAGGGCUUUUCAAAGGUUUCUUAUAUUUUAUAUAUCUGCUGAAUGAGAAUUGUCAUUUUAGAUUUUUGACAUUUGUAUCAAAAGAGAAGUUGAGGAAAUCUUUGGAACACCCAUAACUUUCCACUUUGCUAUAGACUUUAGAAGUGUUUGAUUACGUGUUCGAUAAAUGCUCUUGCACGUGCAGUAUCUGCUGCCAGCAAACCCAAGGGACCACAGCCUUUUUUAUAUGAGACAGGUCACCUCUAGAGGACAACCCGAAAUUUAUUAAAGGAGAUGUUACUAUGUUGAAAGUAUGUUAAAUAAGUAUUAAUAAUGUCUUUAUAAUUUGUUUGCUUUAGUAAGUUCUGGAAUGUGUGUACAUUAUAUACAAGAGAAGGUGUGAAAAUUAAGGAAGUGGGGUUUUCACGGGGAGACCUGGGGUGAGUGCCUCUUUGGAGACCUAGAGAGAUCUAAUGGUAAGAAUAAGGGUUAAUCAUCACAAGAAAUAAAAAACAUAGCAAUUUUUUCCUUACUGUGUAGAGGUGGUUUUACUGGCAAUAAUUAAUAUUAGAUUUCUAUUUCGAUAUAUAAGUAUCUGAAUUACAACAUGAAUUGCACUCCCCAAAAUUAGAUUUCCGUUUCAGUAGGUUUGUUUACUGUGAAGAUUACUUCUCAAAAGACAAACGUUCAUAUUAGCUUAAUUUUUGGUUUAAGUGUAUUUGUAAAUGAUGUAAUAUAUUUCUUUUGACUAAAUAUGGGAAAAAUAAUCUGUUAUACAUUGAAAAGUUUUUAAAGGCUUUGACUGGAGGUCAUUUUUUGCAGAGAUGGUAUUUUAUAUGCUUUCAGUAUUUGGAAAAGAAUUAGUCAAAAGGAAUUUACAUAGUUUAAAUAUUGAGAAAUUAAUAUCUAAGUAAUGUACUUGUCUGAUUUCAUAAUAAGCUGGGGGAGGUGGGGCUGGUAAUUGUAAUGUGCAAAUGAGUAGUGAACUCUACAUUCAUUUUUCUUCUCUAACAUAAAACUUAAAUCUCAACACAUCGUUACUUUAAUAUAUGUAUAGAUAAGUGUUACUGUUUGUAAGGCUGCUGUGUGCUUAAAAAACCUGUCAUUUAAGUAUUUUCUGUGUGUGGUGCCAACAGGUUAGAACAUUAAGUUAUCCAUUUAAAAAUAUCUUUUUGAUUUAAAAUUUUUUCUGUGAAGUAAUUUAUUUACAGGCAUCUUCUCCCUCCCCUUUCCAACCUUUACACAUCACAGAAUCAACCAAACUGUUUGCCUAAUCUGAAAUCGGAAUCCUAAUUAAUCAUAAAUUUUAAACUUGAUUGGCACAUCACACCUUAAAAGUAUUUGUAUUGUUUUGUAAUUUAAUUUUGAAAUAUACCACAUGAAUUUAUAAUUUAAUGUCUUAAUUGUAAUGCUCUAAUUAAAACUAGCAAAAUUAGUAUGAAUCAUAACAUAAAGGGAUAUCCCUCUUGUUAGUUCUUUUGCUGUAUGAAGGAUAAUUGUUAUAUAACAUUUUAGGGGUAUUAACAGCUUUUUUUGCACUAUGUAAAUACUAGUGAAGAUUCUUCUGUAACUAAUAAAAUUAUUAUUGAAA